AUUGGUCAAAUGUGGCUCCAAGUAGAGUAGCGGAAGUAAUCUCCAUGAUCAUGAAUAAUAUUGUUGUUGAUAUGAAUAGUUAUUGGGUCAAGUUCUGAAAAUUUGGGUUGGGAAUAUAUUUUCAUAAUACGGAAAUGUUUCGUGUCGAUUUGGAAAGAAUUACACAGCCUUCUUCAAAACAUUCUAGCCGGCUAGCUAUGUAGCGCGUGGCCCUGGAUCUAGUGUGACUGGCAUGCAAAUUGUAUAUUAAAUUGUGGCGAUCCUACGCAGACGCUACAAUAUAUAUAGCAACAAGGAGAAACGGCGUUUUAUUACAUUCAAUUUUACACCUUUCUGCAAGAAUCCUAUAUUAUAUAGGAAAGUAGUCGUUAACUUCGAGAAAGAAGCAAAUAGAAAUGUCCUCUCCAUCUGGAAACGAUUUUACACAGGCAGAAAUAUGUCGGAUUGCCAAAUGUAUUCCACGCAACUGGAAAGAAAUUGCAGGAUACACUGGAAAAUUUAAGAAAUUUGAAAUCGAGAACAUUGAAAUCAAUAAUGUUAGUUUCCGUGAUGACGUAGAUAAAGCAAUCAGAAUGUUGAAUGACUACGUGAACAGAUUAGGUUCCAGAGAAUGUUUAGUCUCUGCUAUGAGGGAAGCACAGGCAAUUGAUAUAGCAGCGAAAGUUGAAUCCAAGUAUUACCAAACUCACAAACUCGACGACACCAAAGUCUUUCACGAUAAGAAAAUCGAAAACCUUGCAACUAAGUUGGAGAAAACCGAUUUAAAAGACGGUCCUUCUCCGAAUAGCGAAGGUGGUCUUGAGGAAGCGCCUACUGUUUUUAUUUCAUACAAGAGGCAAUCGCAGGAAAAAGUUAAAAAAUUGAAGGAAAACCUUGAAAAAGGGGGUAUAAAAUGUUGGAUGGACCAAGACAUAAUCGUAGGGGGUGAUAAAGUGAAUAAAAAACUGAGCGAGGGGAUAGAAGCGUGCAAGGUUAUGGUAUCUUGCAUAACGGAGGAGUACCGCAAAUCACCUUAUUGCCAAAAGGAGGCUGCCUUGGCUGAUAGUUUGAAAAAGCCAAUUAUUCCACUUUUGUUUGAUUCAGUCAAGUGGCCACUACCAGGAGAGAUGUCUAUGUCAAUAGGUGCUGAUCGAGCUUACAUUAGGUGUCAUGAAGAUCUUACAGACGAAAUAUUAGAAGAAAUAAUCAAGGCUAUUGACGAACAAACAAAGAAUGCUUCUUAAUUAGGAAUUAAUUCGUGAAUGUAUAUUUCACAGUUCUUAUUUAACCUUAAUACAAAGGUUAAUCCUUAUUUUUACAGGCCGGUUGAAUCAAGCUCGUUUAGCUUAAACGGUGAAUAAGUCAAAAUUAAGUAACACUCUUACAUCUUUCUUGAAUGAGUCAACUUCAAUAUU